AUUAGUCUAGAUAACAACUCAGAUUUCACUGACGGAGAGUCAUCCAACCAUCCAUCCAUAUCUCCCUCCCUCCUCUUCCUUCUUUCUAUCUUCAAAUCAGUCAUCCAUGGUACCCUGUUCCAUAACAUCCCCUUCUUAUUCCUCCCUCCUACUUCCUUCUUCACCCCUCCUUUUCAUCCCUCACACCCCCUUCUCUCGCUAUCCACACCUCCCUUUUCGUCGCACUCUCCAUUCCUCUCCCAUCACUUCCAAUAAUGCCUCUCGCCAUUUCUUCCCUAAGACCCAAGCCCAAGCACAACCCAGAACACUCUUCCCCGGCGGUUACAAACGCCCCGAACUCAGAGUCCCCACUCUCAUUCUCCAACUCAACUCCGACCAGAUUCUUACACGUGGCGAAUCCGCACUAGACUUGAUCGAUAAAGCGGUUUCCAAAUCGGUUGGAAUUGUCAUUCUAACCAGUGAUGAUGAACAAAGUGGUGGUAAACUAUAUGAAGCUGCUUGUUUGUUGAAAUCACUUAUUCGUGAUCGCGCAUAUUUGUUAGUUGCCGAGCGUGUUGAUAUUGCUGCUGCUGCUGUCACUAGUGGUGUUUUACUCUCCGAUCAAGGUCUUCCUACUGUUGUUGCUAGGAAUACAAUGUUAGGUUCCAAUAGCGAAUUGGUGGUUCUUCCAUUGGUGGCUAGAUUUGUACAAACUGUAGAUGCUGCUGUAAAUGCAUCGAAAUCUGAAGGUGCUGAUUUUCUUAUAUAUGGCGGUGGUGGUGGUGAUCUGGAACUUUUAAAUCAGGAAAUUGGUAAUGUAGUUGACAAUGUCAAGAUACCGAUUUUUGCUUCUUUUAUGGGGAAAAACUUGUCAUAUGGUGAGGCUUCGAGUUUACUUGCUUCUGGUGCUAGUGGUUUUGUUACUAGUUUGGAAAGUUUUGGGUUGUUCGAUGAUGAUUUCCAGAGAACACUGGAUGAUCGUCGUGAUAAAAUUGAUGAUGAUAAAUUAGUCAAUGAGAGUAAUGGUUUACAGAGUAUAACAGAGGUUGUGGGUGGAUUUGUUAAACUGGAGGAUAGGGAGAAACGGUUAAUAGAAAUGGAGAGGUCGGUGUUGAAUGAAGCAAUUGAAGUUAUAAAGAAAGCUGCACCUCUGAUGGAGGAAGUUUCGCUUCUUGAUGAUGCAGUUUCUCAGAUUGAUGAGCCGUUCUUAUUGGUUAUAGUGGGGGAAUUCAACUCUGGCAAAUCUACUGUGAUUAAUGCGCUUCUUGGAGAAAGAUAUCUCAAAGACGGGGUUGUUCCAACAACGAAUGAGAUCACAUUUUUACGAUAUAAUGACCUAGAUAUUGAAAAACAACGCUGUGAAAGGUAUCCAGAUGGUCAAUAUAUUUGCUACCUUCCUGCUCCAAUUCUCAGAGAAAUGACAAUUGUUGAUACACCUGGAACUAAUGUAAUUCUUCAGAGACAACAACGUCUUACAGAGGAAUUUGUGCCUCGUGCAGACUUACUUCUUUUUGUUAUUUCAGCUGAUCGCCCUUUAACUGGAAGUGAGGUUGCUUUUCUUCGUUAUUCACAGCAAUGGAAGAAGAAAGUGGUCUUUGUUUUGAACAAAGCUGACAUAUAUCAGAAUAAUCAUGAGCUUGAGGAAGCAAUGUCCUUCAUUAAGGACAACGUGAAGAGAUUGUUGAAUACGGAAGAUGUGGUAUUAUAUCCUGUGUCUGCUCGAUCUGCUCUUGAAGCAAAACUUAUGGCUACCUCUAGUUUUGGGAAACUCAAUGAAGAAUUGUCAGUCUCUGGUUCUCAGUAUGGUCCCAAUAGCUUUUACGAGCUUGAGAAAUUUUUAUAUAGCUUUCUAGAUGGGUCGACGAUCGCAGGGAUGGAUAGAAUGAGGCUUAAACUUGAAACGCCUGUUGGAAUUGCAGACAGAUUGAUUUCUGCUUGUGAAACUCUUGUGACACAAGACUAUCGAUGUGCCAAGCAGGAUUUGGCUGCAAUAAACAAUGUUGUCAACAGUGUAAAUGAUUUUGCAUUGAAUAUGGAAAAUGAGAGCCUUUCUUGGAGGAAACAAACUCUAUCCAUGAUUGAAUCCACUAAAUCACGUGUUGUGGAGCUUGUAGAAGCUACAAUGCAAUUGUCAAAUCUUGAUAUUGUUGCAUCAUAUGUUUUCAAAGGAGAGAAAAAUGCGGCACCUGCCACCUCAAGAAUUCAGAAUGACAUAAUUGAUCCUUCUGUGUCAUCUGUUCAGAAAAUACUUGGAGAUUACGAGAAUUGGUUAAGCGCAAAAAAUACCCAACAAGGGAGACUAUACAAGGAAUCUUUUGAGAAACGAUGGUCCUCAUUGAUUCAUGAAAAUAGUCAGAAAAAUUCUGAGACUUAUGAGUUGCUAAAGAAAGGCGAUCAAGCUGGCUAUCAGGUGAUUGAAAAUUUCAGCAGCAGUGCAGUUUCAAAGUCAUUUGAGCAAGAAGUUCGUGAGACGAUUUUAGGGACUUUUGGUCAACUAGGAGUGGCUGGUUUUUCUGCUUCACUAUUGACAUCUGUACUGCAAACCACAUUGGAGGAUCUUCUUGCUCUUGGAAUUUGUUCUGUUGGCGGGUAUAUAGCUAUUUCGAAUUUCCCAUCUCGGAGGCGGCGUGUGAUAGAUAAGGUGAAAAGGAAAGCAGAUACCUUGGCGAAUGAACUUGAAGAAGCCAUGAAGAGGGAUUUGACGGAAGCUGUAGAAAAUUUGGAUACCUUUGUGAGAGUCAUUGGCAAACCUUACCAAGAUCAGGUGCAGAAUAGGCUAAACAAGCUAGUUGAGAUUCAAGAAGAAAUUUCAAAUAUUGAAAAGAAACUUAGAACACUACAAAUUGAUAUCCAAAAUCUUCAUGUGUCCUGAGUUCUUUGGGAUAUUUCAUUCUGUUAUUGAUGCAACGGAGUCCAUCCACUUUUAAUUUGCUAUGGUCUCUCUUUAAGCAAGAAGGCACUAUUUUUGAAUCAAUUGAUAAGAUAAUGUCCUUGAACCCUAUUGCAGGAAAUCAUUAAUCAUAUAACAGAUGAGAAUAGAUAGAUGUGUAACUUGAUAUAUGCAAUGGUAUCAAUAAGAAAAAAUGUCACAUCAUUAGAAAAA